GGUGGGGGAGAGAAGAAAGUUUAGAACCAAAAAUUACAGAAUCCAUAAAAACAAAUUCAGUCAAUAAUAUUAAUUUAAAAAAAUAAAAUAAUAUUAACGGCUCUGUCAUAAAGCAGACAAUACGAAAAAUGUCCAAGUCUUAUUUUCAGGUAACUGGACCCAAGAUUUGUAAAAGGGCAACUUUCUUUGCAAUACUUCUCAGCACCAUACAUCAUUUGCCCUAAAAGUGUCAGAAGCAAAGGUGAGGCAAAAUUCAAGCCACCAGGGUCACAUCCAUAUUAUUAUUAUUAUUAUUAUUAUUAUUAUUAUUAUUAUUUACAUACCGCCCUAUACCUGGAGGUCUCGGGGCGGUUCACAGAAUGCUAGGUUUGGCAAUGUGGGAUAAAAAGCAGAAGCCAUUACUGUUAAGGAUAUUAGAUGUUUAAUUUUCCUGAAAUGGGAAUAUUUAUUUGUGUAGCUGUAUGUAUUUUAAAGGGGGGGGGGUUCUUUAAGGAACACCUCUCAUGUGAUUGUGAGGUAUUUUUUGACAGUGUGUUUGUCUGUCCAGUUGUUACUGCAUCUUCAUGGUGUGUCUGUGAGGAGAAUACACGACUGUAAAAGACAGUUGUAUCUCUGUAAUAAGUCAGAGAGAGGGUGGCCCCUAUAAUGCAAAUAGGGAGAAUUCUGUCCAGGAGAUUUCUUUAUAAAGAUUAAAGAAACAACUCUUUGCUGAGGUGUUAUGUACUGAGCUGAAUCCUAGAACAAUAGGAUUCAGAAACAGCGGGAGCUACCCAAUCCAACUCCAGGUGGAAGUGAAUCCGCAACCUGAUUGGCCUGCUUGAGCAGCCAAUCAGGCGGCUGGCAGAAGUGAAUCUGCUACCUGAUUGGCCUGUAGGAGCAGCCAAUCAGGCUGCAGGCAGAAGUCAAUCCACAAUAUAAUUGGCCCACAGGUGUAGCCCUGAAGUAGCCAAUCACGCAAGGCCCAUUGUGUAAAUAAUGUAUAUAAGCAGAUGGUUUUGGGAAAAGAGCCAUUCUUCUUCUCCUCUUCUCCUUGAUGACUAUGAGCUGAAUAAAGAGCAUGAAAUUCACUCUCGACUCCGAGUACAUUUCACUGGCGACGAAGGUGGGAUCCUGCUGAGCUGACCGCCACCACGCACUGCACCGCAGCACCGCCACCUGCUGCACCGCUGCAUCGCACCGUGCAUCCAGGCUUCAGCUCCAGGACCCAAGGAACCCAGAAUGGCAACCGACAGCAGCUUCUCGCCAUUCAAACCAGCAUCAGGAGACUGGGAAGGGUACGCCGCCCGUUUCAACUUCCUCCUGCAAGCGAAAGAAGUCACCAACGAUGCCAUGAAGAGGGCGACAUUCUUCAGCGUCUGUGGAGAGGAGACGUUUGAAAUCGCCCGGGCUCUCCUUGCACCUAGAGAUGUCGCUACCGUCUCUUACAAAACAAUAAUGGAACGGCUGAAGGAGCACUUCUCACCACAGCCCUCGGUGGUAGCUUGCCGAAAUGCCUUCUACGCAAAGCGGCAAGCCCCGGGGGAAACCAUAACUGGGUUUGUGACCUCCCUCCGCCAAGCCGCCCUGCUUUGCAACUUCUCAGAGUUGGAGAACAUGCUUCGUGACCGCCUCGUCGGUGGCCUGAGGGACGAGAUGUUGCAACGACGCCUCUACGCCAAAAAAGACCUCACGUUCCAGAUUGCUCUGGAGGAAGCCCUGGCAACCGAAGCCGCCGAGAGGUCAACGCAAGAGGCACGACCGGCCCCGCCAUCCCAACCGAGGGUCUACCACGAAGACCUCACCGACGAAUCCGAAUCUGACAGGGAGGAAGUACACCGAGUACAGCGGCACACUCAAGCAGCACACACACCACAGCAGCCUCGACGAGAAGGAGGGAACUGUGCAAGCUGCGGGGAGAACCACGAGAGGAGGACCUGUCGUUUCCGCAACGCAGAGUGCAGGCAGUGCAGAAAAUUGGGACACAUCGCCCGGGUGUGUCGGGCUCGACUCACCCGUCGACAAGCAUCAGAUGACCGACCCAGGAGCCCCAGGUCACACGGCACCAUGCACCAAGGCAACUCGACGGAGAUCACGGACUACCAGGUAUUCCAGUUGCCCCAUCCCAGCACAGAGAAAAUUUAUAUAGAGGUACAGAUAGAGGGAGCCCCAUGCCGCAUGGAGCUGGACACGGGUUCAACUCUAUCCAUAAUCUCGGCCCGAACAUUAAGGGAACUGUGCCCUAAUGGGGGUCCCAAACUAAGGCCGGCCCCAUUCACCCUCCGGGACUUCCAGAAACGUAAGGUCCCUACAAUGGGGGUGGGGACCUUCAGGGUGCAAUAUCGAGGGCGAAAGCAACAAUUGGACUUGCUGGUAGUUAAGGGCCCCUACGUUAGCUUACUGGGACUGGCAUGGUUUGGACCUCUGGGGCUAGCCGUUACCGGGGUGAACCGCACUAGCUUACAAGUGGACGUGGACGCCAUAUGCAAAGAGUUUCCAGGGGUUUUCGAUGGGGCAUUGGGACGAUAUACAGGACCCCCCAUUGCCCUACAGCUAGACCCCGCGGUACGACCCAUCAGGCACAAGGCCCGCCGGGUCCCGUUCGCCCUGAAACCCCGCAUAGACGAGGAAUUGGACCGACUCGUGGAGCAAGGAGUGCUGGAGCCGGUGCCCAACGCCCCCUGGGAAACUCCAAUUGUCACACCCGUCAAGCCUAACGGUUCGGUCCGCAUCUGUGCAGACUACAAAUGCACCAUAAACAAGGCUCUCACGGCCCAUGCAUACCCAGUGCCAGUGGUCAGCCAUGUCCUCGCCACCCUGGCUGGGUCAAAAAUCUUUGGCAAACUGGACUUGGCCCAAGCGUAUCAACAGUUGCCUGUGGACGAAGCCACAGCAGAGGCUCAGACGAUUGUGACGCACAGAGGGGCAUUCAGAGUAAAGCGGCUGCAAUUUGGCGUUAGCGUGGCACCAGGCAUAUUCCAGAAUCUAAUGGACUCUCUCCUUUAAGGGAUU